AUGCGAUCACCCUCAGUCAAACCCUCGGCAUAUCCGCCGCUGCCAUUUCAUCUCAUCCGCUUCCUGAUCUCCCUCUCCUCAAUCGUGACAGGGGUGAUCUUGGCGGUGUUUACCUACCACCUCCACGCCGAUGGCUACAAACUACCAUAUUCAUUCCUGGUGCUCUUCGUCGCAUCAGGCCUCUCCCUCCUCAACAUCUUCCUAACCUCAAUAAUCCACUGCAGCUGCGGCCUAUCAACAAAACUCUCAAUAUCGCUCAACAUCCUCCUCACAAUCCUCUGGGCGCUAUCCUUGGGUCUCCUGAGCUGGAGCCUGGCAAGCACCAUAACAACAUCAUGCACAACAACCUACUGGGGCAACUCGACUGGCAUCGCCGUAUGCCGGAGCUACAAAGCCCUCUUCACAUUCACUGUUAUCGGCCUGGUCAGCUACAUCGCCGCGGUCUGGCUAGAUGUGGUAGUGCGCCGUCGCCAAACCCGUCUCGGCGUCUACGAUCCAAUGGGAUCCCAUCCUGGCCUUGGUGACUCGGACGCCUUCGACGUUAAGAUGGAUGACCGCCACAGCGAAUCCACCCCUGCCUUGCACGAUUAUGAUAAUGUGCCCCCCGCGAUGCACGGUGCCUAUGGCCACGGCCAUGAUCAAGCGCCCCCGGUUUAUGAGCACAAUUUGGAGCAUGCGCCUGCUGGUGAGGCGCAGAAUUAUUAUCAUGAUGCGCCCGGGAUGAAUCACCGUGCCGCCCCUCGAGUGCACUUUAGUUCUUAUGACCAGGAUGGACAUCAGAGGCAGGCUGAGAAUACUGGGUAUGAUCCUGCUAUGUAUCGCUGA